AUGUUUCUGACUGAAAGACUGCUUUCGGGGCGGAAAAGCGGCAAGGAGAUAGAGUACCUUAUCAAGUGUAAAGGAUGGCCCAUGUCAUCAUGUACCUGGGAGCCUGCCCUCGAUCUAUCUAAAGAGCUUAUCAAACUUUAUAAAAAGCCUCCACAGCCCUCAGAAAGUGAAAUUGCUUCAGCAUCUAUUUUCAGCUUCAUCAGCUUUUAUCUGGCAGUCAAGUCACACUACAAUGGCCAGGGAAAGGCUGAUAAUUUUCCUUUAAAGAUUAAAGCUUACCUUGGAAACUCACCAAAGCAUUUCGUUGUGCAAGCAGGGAAACUUCUUCGAGCACCAAAAAAGCCCCUUGAGAUGGUAUCUCUUAUAAUUAAUACUAAAGCAUGCAGUGAAGAAUAUCUACCAACUUAA